AUUCCUGUCCUGGAGUGCCUUUCUGGGAGCCCUCACCAGCCCCCACUCCCUUCUCAGCCGGCUGCAGGUAGGAGACCUGCCUCAGGAAGUCCCAGUCAGACUUUCCCCUGGGUUCUCACUGUUGUUCCUUUAGCGGAGCAGCUGUAGUUGUUGUGGAGAAGAAUCAGACAAAGCAGCGGGAAUUCCUGGGAAUUACCCCUGCCAGGCCUGUACUCUUCUCAUGCAGGGUUUCUCUUUCCUGUGGCUGUCCCUGCCAUGGGAUGGAGGAUUUUUCCAGGAGGGCAGAGGGCUGCAGGAGGCUUGUGCAACUCGUUCUCUCCCUUGCUCCCACCAGCACGCUGGGGCUCACACCUGGGGUGAUGCUUCCUGAGACCACACAGUGACUGAGGGCAAACAUCUCGAAGCAGCUGCCAUGGCUGACAUGAGCUGUUUGUGGGUGGAGCCCAGCACAGGGAGUGGAUCUCUGCAGGCCGGCCACAGGGCAGGAAGGAAGUACUUGCAGCCUCUGGGCUGUGUGUCCAACCAGGGCACAGUGCCAAGGACGUCCUUUUAGUUUCGAUUCUCGCAGACUGGCUAGCGCCCCGUUUCUGCACUCAUGGCAAAAGCUAAGGAAGAAUAUGGAGGGGGUGCUAGCCUGGAGGAGGAGCUGACCUGUCCCAUCUGCCUGGGCAUUUACAGCAACCCUGUGUCCCUGAGCUGUGGUCACAGCUUCUGCAAGAAGUGCAUCCAGGAGGCACUCGGUGUCCAGCAGCAAUCCAAGAUCCCUUACUCCUGCCCGCUGUGCAAGCUGUAUCUGGGGCCUGUCCUGGAGCUGCAGAAGAAUUUUCAGCUUUGUAGCAUUGUGGAGGCAUUUCAGGCCACGACUUCCAAAGAACAACAGGGCAAGGGCUCUGCAGAGGAGAAGAAGGACGUGGUUCUCUGUGACUUCUGCCUGGAUUUGCCCCAGCCAGCAGUGAAAACCUGCCUGAUAUGUGAUGCGUCUUUGUGCCAGGGCCAUCUGGACAAACACAACACCAAAGCUUCCCAUGUCCUGGUGGAGGUGGGUGCAGGUGUAGCCGAGGAGAGAAGAUGCCUGGAGCAUGGCAGGCUGCUGGAGUGCUACUGCCAGGACGAGGAGCAGUACAUCUGUACGCUCUGUUCCAUCACGGGAUGUCACAGGGGCCACAGCAUCAUCACCCUGAAGGAGGCACAUGACAAACAGCUGGAUAAACUCUCAGACACCGUGACGUGGCUGCAGGAAUGUAAAGGCGCUUUAGCUACUGCCCUACAAGAGCUUCAGGAAAGUGAGAUUCAGCUCAAGACCAAUACUAAAAGAGUGACUUCUCAGCUGCAAAAGCUGUUUGAAAAGAUGAAGACGGAGAUAAUUCAGAAAGAAAAGAAGAUCCUGAGUGACAUCCAAUCCAAUGAGGAAAAACAACUGGCAGAUGUUGCCAAAGCAAGGAAGGAAAUGGAACAGAGGAGAGAUGAGGCUAUGCAGCAUCUUCAGGCUUUGCAGAAGAUGAGAGAGCAACCAGAUAGUUUCCUCUUCCUCAAAGAAUUUAAACUGGCCAAGGACAGGAUUGCGAGUCAGGAUUUCAGUAUCCGUGGGAAGGACGUGCUGGUAGUGCAGCUGGAUCAGACCAGGAUCAACCACUUCCUGUGCCUGACCAGUGACGUCACAAGUGGCCUGGACUUGCUGCUGCAAAAGCUGCAGAGUGAACUCACCAACCAAAUUAAAUGGAACAGUGGGGCUUCAGAUACCGGUACCUCUUCAAACUCACAAAACCUACCAAAAGGAUCAGUGCACUUCGACCAGUCGUUUUCGUUUGGAAGGGGUGGACGAGAUAUUCCUUCAAGUCCCUUCUUUCCUUCAAGUCCCUUCUCUCCUUCGAGUCCCUUCUAACCUGUGAAAGAAGAUUUUGUUUCCCUGUUUCUUCCAUGAAGACAUGAGGUACUUGAUGUUCCAAUUGUUCCACAGCCAAAGCCUCUAGAAGAGCAAUGAAAAUGCUGUAAUGACUGUUACUUAGUUCUGAGGUUUCUUAUUAGGUUUCUGCAGAAUGUCCACACAAAACACUCCUCUUAAUGCUUUUGUCAUAGACAUCGCUCCUCACAAGGAUUCACUCUGGUAUUCUUGGAGUCACCAUACACUUCAAACUAAAUUAAAACUCCUGUGGAAGUCCCUAAGAGGAAUGUGAAGUCAGAUCCACUGGUGUUUCGACUGUGGGUAGCCAGGGGAGAGGGAAGGAGCUCUUUUAACUUUUUUUGCAACUUGCCUGUUCAGCUUACCAUGACAUCUACUUAAACCCUCGUGGAGAGGGUAAACAUCGACUGUUGGAAAUACUCUGCAUUUCUACAGCAAGAUCUAUAGCAUUUGCCUAACACCAAAAGACACGAGCACGGAUUCUGCAGGCUCAAAGUGGCCUCCCUUUCUCUGACCAUAUAUUGAUGGGCUUUUUGGCCACCUGAGGUUCCACCUGAAAUGUAAAUAUUAGGCAAUGCUUGAUUGCAGGGAAUGUCUGCUUUUCUGUGCAAAUGCCAAAGUAAAGACCGACAAGGCUGGGUACAGCCCCUCCGCCCCUGAACCUCCAGUCCAGAGAUAAAAACAGAGUACUGAACAAAAACCUGGGAUUUUUCAGUACUGACACUAUCAAAGAUCCUCUCUCCUUCCCAUUUGGAAGCACCUCCCAGGCAGAUCUAGACAGCAGAGCAAACGAUACGGAGGGUUUUUAAAAGGCUGCUUUUUAAUCAAUACUGCUGGUCCUGCAAUGUAUCAAUAAAGUAUCAAUAGUGGCGGCACCCCAA